ACAGCCACCAAAACCAACAUCUAGUCCUGUGUCUGUCCACGCAGCAUGGCUGAUAUGCAGCUUUUUGGGUGACCAGUGCAUUCCUCCUUUCUGAAACUCCAAAGGUACUCCCAAGAGGCUUGCUACCAUCAGAAAGAUGACAAGAGACUCUGGAUAUUCCACCAUGGCUGACCAGCAGAAGCAGGAAGAGAAGCUCUGGUAUGCCAUGAAGAUCUCUGCCUACGUCCUUGGUACUGUCCUGGUCAUCAUCACUGCCUUCGUGAACACUUUUUCUUGGUAUGUGCAGAAUAUCUGGGACACUUCAGGCCAUUUCUGGCAAACAAUGUGGCUGAAGUUCUAUGACCUGUAUGAGGGAAAUGAGUGGAGCAUCUUCCUCGUUGGGGCUGCAUUGGUUCCUGGCCUUGCUUUCUGGUGCUUCAAUGGAAUCCUUAUGGUGGCUGACCUAACCGGAAAGCCAACUUUCAUUACUCGCUAUCGCAUUCAGCUGGGCAAGAAUGAUCCUGUGGACACAAAGAGAUUGCGCCAGGCCAUCUACACAGCACUGUUCAAUCAGUUCUUUAUCUCCUUUCCCAUGCUCGUGCCUAUGUUCUACAUCAUGCAAUGGUGGGGCAACACCUUCAGCAAGCAAUUGCCCACCUUCCAGUGGUUUCUUGUGGAGUUAAUCAUCUUCACCCUUAUAGAGGAAAUUCUCUUCUACUAUACACACAGGCUUGUCCACCUCCCACUCCUGUAUAAGCACAUCCACAAGAAGCACCAUGACUGGACAGCCCCCAUUGGUGUGGUCUCCAUCUAUGCUCACCCAGUAGAGCACAUACUCUCCAACACACUGCCUGUCAUGACUGGACCGAUGGUCAUGGGGUCCCACAUCGUGUCAAUCGCAGCCUGGUUCUCUCUCGCUCUCAUAACAACAAGCAUCUCCCACUGUGGCUACCACCUGCCUCUCCUGCCCUCACCAGAGUUCCACGACUUCCACCACCUCAAGUUCAACCAGUGCUAUGGAGUCCUAGGAGUGCUGGAUUAUCUGCAUGGAACAGAUAAAGUGUUCAGACAAACCAAAGCCUUCGAGAGACACAAGGUCCUGCUCAGCCUCACACCACUCUCAGAAAGCAUCCCUGACGCACCCAAGAGGGCAGAGUGAACCCAGCAGCCUGUGGUUGUAGCAGAGCCCAGUGAUUAGCAGAGCAAGAGACAAUGAUUUAUGCCAAAUAGUAUUUUAAAUGGGAAAUGAGUUAUUACUGACAUGUAACAAAACCCAAAGCUGAACUUAAUAUGCUACUUGAAAUGACUGCACUUUCGCUGCCUGUUAUUUUCAAUGUAAGGCACAAGAAAACUGCUCUAGAAAGCUAUUUUUAAACCAAGCUUAGACUUUUUAUUUUAUUAAUUACUUGCACUGUUCCUUGGUUCCAGCUGCCUGCACAUAAACCAGAUGUGUUUUGGGC